AUGCAAAAUCAAUACAAAUAAAUGAAAUUUGAAUUGCACGUUAGAUAAUGUGCUGAUAUGUACAUAGGUUCUAUACAACCUGAAGAAAUUAUGACUCCAAUUUACUCUAAAAAUUAAGAGAAUUAAAUAACAUUAGAGUAUAAAAAAGUUAAAAUAAUUCCAGGUUUAUUAACUGUAAUAGGUGAAAUUUUAACCAAUGCAAGAGAUGUUAUAUUUCAAUAGAGAAAAUAAAAAAAAGGAAUAUAAAUAUAUUUAGAUUUUGAUGAAAUUGAAGGUGAAAUUGUUUUGAAAACGGUUGGAAAAGGUAUUCCUAUUGAAAAAUAAGAUAAUAUAUUUAUUCCAGAAUUAAUAUUUUCACAUGAAAGAACUUCAUCAAAUUAUUAAAAUACAAAUUUAAAUGAUCCAAAAUUAACUGGAGGAAAGAAUGGUUAUGGUGCAAAAUUAACAAAUGUAUUAUCUGAAUAUUUUGAGGUAGAAACUAAAUAUGAUAAUUUAAUUUUCAAAUAAUUACAUUAUGAAGGAAAUACUAAACAUAGUGAACCUUAAAUAACUCAUGUAAAAAUAAACAAUAACAAAUAAAAAAAAGAUAAUAUACAAUCAAAAGAUAAAAAUAAUAUUAUAAUUCCAGGUUAGUAAUUAUAAAAGAAUAUAAUUUCAUUUGUUAAUGGAUUACCAUAAAAUGGAGGUACUCACGUGAAUUUUAUUAAUUAGAUUAUAAAAUAAGAUUAAUUGAUUAAAAAUUUAAAUGUUUAAGAUUAAGAUGAAUUAGAAGUUAUGAAAUAAUUGGGAAAAUAAUAUAGAUUUUUCAUUGAAAAUUGA